AUGUCGGGAAUGAGCUCCAUGUCCAUGGUCUUCACCACCGCCCACAACACCCCUCUCUACUCCAAGGCCUGGACACCCACCUCUACCGGCGCAUACGCUGGUACCUGUAUCUUCCUCAUCGUUCUGGCCGUCCUGUCCCGUCUGCUACAAGCCUGGAGGCAUACUCUCGAGCAAAAGUUCCACGACAGAGCCAUCAAGCGUCGCUACGUAAGAGUCGCUGGCGAGCAGGAAGCCGACCAGUUUCCCGACGAGUCGCCCGAGGCGGCCAAGGAGAAGAACGAACAAGCCAUCUUGUCAUACCGGGGCGUAGAUGAGAAGGUCCGCGUCAUCAAAGCCAGCUCAAGGGGCAGAGAGACAACUCCCUGGAGAUUCACCACCGAUCUUCCCAGAGCAUGCAUCUACACUGUCCAGGCAGGACUCGGCUACCUACUCAUGUUGGCAGUCAUGACCCUGAAUGUCGGCUACUUCCUCUCGGUUCUUGCAGGUCUGUUUGUUGGAGAAUUGGCAAUUGGCAGAUAUGCUUCUCCGGUCGAUGACCACCACUAG